AUGCCCGGCCGCCGUGCGCUGCUCGCCUGGGCCUUCCUCGCCCUCCUCCGACUCGGAGCGGCUCGGAACACGGAAGAGCCGGCCUCCUGCACCUUCGUCGUGCCCCGGAGCGAGUGGAGGGCCUUGGCAUCCAAGUGCUCCCAGCACCUGAAACUACCCGUGCGCUACGUGGUGGUGUCGCACACGGCAGGCAGCACCUGCAGCACUCCAGCCUUGUGCCAACAGCAGGUCCGGAACGUGCAGCACUACCAUUCGCAGACGCUGGGCUGGUGCGACGUGGGCUACAACUUCCUGAUUGGAGAAGACGGACUCGUGUAUGAGGGCCGGGGCUGGGACAUCAAGGGUGACCACACAGGUCCCACCUGGAACCCCAUGUCGAUUGGCAUCACUUUCAUGGGCAACUACAUGGAGCGGACACCCCCGCCCCGGGCCCUCCGGGCAGCCCAGAAUCUGCUGGACUGCGGCUUAGAUCGGGGAGCCCUGAGCUCCAACUACGAAAUCAAAGGACACCGGGAUGUACAGCAGACACUCUCUCCAGGUGACAAGCUGUAUGAAAUCAUCCAGAAGUGGCAACACUACCGAGAGUGA